AUGCUGCGGCUGCGGACGCGCUGCCCGCCGCGAGCGCUGCUGCGCACGACGACGGCGCGGCGCCAUGCGUCGUACAUUCUGGGCAUCGAGACGAGCUGCGAUGACACGGCGGCUGCGGUGCUGGACGGCGACGGCUGCGUGCUGAGCAGCGUCAUCUCGUCGCAGUGGGAGCUCAACGCCAAGUGGAAAGGCAUCGUGCCGGCGCUGGCGGCUCGAGCGCACGCGGACAACCUGCCGCAUGUCAUCAGCGCGGCCAUUGAGCAGAGUGGACUGGAGAGCGUGCAGCAGUUGUCGGCGGUGGCGGUGACGUCUGGUCCGGGUUUGGCGCCGUGUCUGGACGUGGGGCUGCGGACGGCGCGACAGAUUUGUCUGGACAACCCGGACAUCGCGUUCUUGCAGAUCAACCAUCUUGAGGCUCACGUUUUGGUGUCGCGACUGCCGCAACUGGAGACAACACGGCCGGAGUUCCCGUUCGUCGUUCUGCUCGUGUCCGGAGGCCACUGCUGCCUUGUCCUCGCCAAGGGUCUCGGUGAUUACGAAAUUUUGGGCAACACUCUUGAUGACUCCAUUGGCGAAGCCUACGACAAGGUUGCGAGAAUGCUGGACAUCACUGCUACAGGCGGGAAGGGCGUGCAUGGCGGCAAACUGAUCGAGGACAUGGCUGCUCGCGGCAACGACCGGGCCUUCCCGUUUACUGAGCCCAUGAAGCAUCGAAAGGACUGUGACUUCUCUUACUCCGGAAUCAAGACGGCGAUGCUUCGGGAAGUCAAGAAGCUCGGCGAACUAGAUGAGAAGACGAAGGAGGACUUGUGCGCUUCGUUCCAGCGUAAGGCAGUAGACCAGCUUAUCACCCGAACGCGGCGAGCUUGUCAAUGGGGCAAGGACCGCAUGGGAGACCGCGUUUCAAGCCUUGUUGUGUGUGGAGGUGUGGCAUCGAACCAGUAUCUUCGUGGCCGCAUGCAGGCGGCUGCAGAGGAGGAAGGUCUUGAAGCUGUGUUCCCACCAGCGAAAUACUGCACUGAUAACGGAGUCAUGAUUGCGUGGGCGGGGCUUGAGCGAUACAAUAAGGGAAUGCGCAGCGAUCCGGAGCCUGCGCGCUAUCAGCCACGAUGGCCCCUGGAAACACUGCAACCACUGUAG